GUGUGUGUUUGCAAAGAGGGAAAAAGCCUCAGCCUCAGACUCUCUCUGCUGGUGAGAGGGGUUAACAUCACUGCAGUCUUUUCUGUCUUUUUACCUCUAAGAUUCAUGAUUCCAGAUUCGGUCCACCUGCAUACUUUAGGCCGCAGUAUGCUUCAUUCUUGAGUUUGGAUUUAAAGUAUGGAGGUUUCUCCGCUGGACGGUUUGUGAGCUUCUUUUAAACAGCUGGUGAAUGCAUCUUGUCUGCCGCAGAUGCAACCCUGCAGCCAUAAGGGUGUCAAACACAACACUGCACACAUGCAUUCUUUGUGAGCUGCUGAACAGAUCCUGCUGAUUGACAAACCUAACAACUGCUCGCUCGGUCAGUAAGGAUGUUUUACUUCUAUCACUCGCACUUGCCUCUGUUGUUGUUUGCUACCCUGUGGAGUCUCAGCUACCCGAGUUUGCUCACUGCCUGGCAGGGCAUCAGUCGCGGCAAGUCCAAGGAUCAGCUGGAUCCAAAUGUGAGAGAGUGGGGAGACUACUCAGAUCUCCCUCCAGGAAUAGAGCAGGGGCUGGGAUUUGAUGAAGACGGAGAACAUGGAGACAACAGAGGAGCUCGAGAGCCGUCAUCGAGCCUGGGGCCGGAGCUGGAUUUUCUUGCAGACUUUGCAGGUAAAAAACGCUUGUGGCUGAUAACAGCCCCGUCUCACAAUGACCACUACCUCCGUAUGAUGGAGAAACAGCUGGAAGACAUGGAGCAGAAAGAGCUGAACUGUCGUCUAGCAGAAAGAGACACAUUCAUCAUCACCAUCAUCCAGAACGCCAUGAUGGAAGGUUGCAUCCAGAAAACCACUUUCCAAGGUGAUGCCACAGUAGAGAGCCUGGACCCUGACACAGUCACCAAACUGCUUCACUAUCUGGAUCUUACAAACCAGGAGGAAGGGUUCACCAUGCUGGUUCUGAAGAAGAACCUUCGGGUCAGUGAGCGCUUCCCUUAUGCGGUCCGUGUUGAGGCCAUUUUGGAGCUCAUCGAUCAGUUCCCCGUCAGAAAGCUGGAGAAGAUGACAAGAAAAGGAUCCAACUUAAGGUGUAAAACAGCUAAGAAGAAGGUUGUGUCAAGGAAGAAAAUGAGGAAGAUGGUGCUCAGCCCUCAGAGGAGAGGAAAUGUGACCUCUGUUGUCCCUUUACAAAGAAAACCUCCCCUGGACAAAAAAGCUGCUCUGAAAAGUAAGAUCCAGGAUAUACUGAGUGGACGGUCUAGGUUUGUGAUCCGCAAAGUGCCUGCUGUGGGUUCCGCGAGGGGAAAGGUCACAAGCAGUGGUGGAGCCACAUCUAAAGGACAGGAAAAGGUUCUCAGCCCUCCAUCUGUGUCAAAGAGCAGGGAGGAAGUGAAAAAAAACAGGCCAGACUCCACUGCAGAAGAAGGAAAGAAAAGACAAGGAGGGAAAAACAGUGAAGAUAUAAAAGAGCUCAAUGUAAAGGAAGACACACAGGAAAAACAAGGCUCCAAGAAAAAGGGCAAAGGGAAGAAAGGGAAGAAAGGGAAAGGAAGAGGUAAAAAGUCCAACAGAGAGGCCAGUGAGAAGGAUAAAACAGCCCUGAAGGAGUUUAUGGACAGCUUUAAGGGGACAAGAAGAUUAAUGUUGAUCUCUUCACCCAGUAGAGAUGCAACAUUGUACCUGCAGCAGAAAGAGGAGAACGAGAAGCAACACUGUGGCCUCGCUAUCAGGAAGGUCACCGUGGCAACCGUUGUGGGUGAAGGAAAGGAAGCCAUGCUUUCACUGCAACACCAUCAGCUUGAGUCUGAGCCUCCACUCAGUGACCAAUCAGAUCACUUCUCAGACCCAGGACUGAUCUCUCUGUUGAGAGCAGAGCUUGGCCUGUCCUCAUCCGACCUCUUUUCUAUGACCAUCACAGACUACGAGAUAAAGGCUGAUAGAGUCUUUGAGGCUCCUCCAUCAAGUCCUGCUCUCUUUGAGUUCAUUGACAACUUUCCCUCGAGGCGUUCAGAAAAAGAGAAGGAGAGGAAGAGUCCUCCAGUCUGUUCAAAAGACAGUCCGCCUGGAGCUGAAAAUUUACUGCUCAGGUUCAUGUCUAAGAGAAGACUGCUGCUCAUCUCUGCUCCCUCUGAGGAUGAUUACUCCUUCCAACAGCAGCUCUCUGCUCUCAGAGGACAGGAGUGUCACCUGGGUAUUCGGCACUUUGCCAUGUUGAAGCUAACUGGAGUAGGAGACAAAGCAUCAGGAACUGUUGAGCUAUUUCCCCUAAAUGGCCGCAGUCAGAGUGAAGUUGAGCCGUUAACUCGAGAUGCAGUCAACAAUGUGAGAGAACAGCUCAAGAUCAGUAAAGACUACUUCAGCAUGGUCUUUGUGGGAAAAGACAGUGAUGUCAAAGCGUGGUUCCCAUCACCCAUGUGGUCGCUGGACAGUAUCUACGACCUGGUGGACUCCAUGGAGCUCCGCCUCCAGGAGGAGAAGCUGCAGAAGAGACUGGGGAUCCAAUGUCCUGAUGACAGAGGGAGAGGAGGAGGUGGUGAGGGGCAUUAUGGAGGUUAUGAUGAAGGGUCGGACGAGACAUACUUGUAUCACCGAUCAGAGGAAUGAUAUGAAUGAAGGAGGAAGAAGAUAUAAUGGAGUAAAGAAGAGUGAUCUAUAUUUUUGUGAUGAGACAGCAAAUACAUGAAUAUCCACAUAAACAAACUUUUAAACAACGGCCUCCAAUACUCACCUUCAUGACUCAGAGGAUUUUUUUUUAUAAAGAUGAUGUUGGACACCAAAUAACAAGCCAUGGACCUUUUGUGUUUAUGCAAUAAUAAUGGCACACAGAACAAUAAUAUAAUUGGUAAUACUCAAGCAAGUCUUUUUUUUUCAAUAAAUGAUGGUGUUCU